AAGACCAUGCAAUAGGACCAGGGUAAAACAAAAAAAAAGGCGUUAUUUAUGGAUUAUAUCUUCUUGAACGUUUUCUGAUUGGAACAUUUUCUGAAAGGGGCAGAGAGAUACAGCCUUUUAUCCAGUUUAUUGCCACUAAGUGAUAUUAGACGUAAUGUACCUUACGAAAACUGUAUUUUUAAAGCACGUAAAACCCGUAAUUGAGCGUGCACCAAAGUCCUAUUUAAUGAGAGUUUUGUUCAGUUUUUCCUCUGGUAGGCUGGGUCAGUGUGCAGGACGGGUCAGUAAUGUGUGCAGUUGGGCGGAACCGCUUCCGCGUUGACGUGCGCUACGUGCAAACAGAUGCGGGGGGAAUGGAAAGAAGCAGUGAUGGCCGUUUCAUCGCUAAAAAGGCAUUUAAGCAAAGUACUUCUAGUUUAGAGCCGAAUUGAUGCGAUUCCUCGGUAAGCUUUCAUACUUAUUAUAUCCCUCGAUCAUUUUCUUUUUCGAGUAGUUCAGAAUCGCAUGUGAGUGACAUUUGCAAAUCCUAGCUUGAUUAAGUCCAGGCCUACAUUCACGAGAUAAAAUCUCAUCCAUCUUCUUCUUCUUUUUAAAUCAUAUUGUCCUUUAAAACGAUCGGCCAUCGCGGUGUGCAUUUGUAAAUUGUGGGUAAUAUGUUCACUAGAUGAAAUGAAUUGGAUCGCUUCCGCGGAUGACGUUAAACAACAGCAUCUAAAGGUAACUUCAGAGAGUCCAUUUAAAGAAGUAGUUCCGGUCGGCGUGCGUUUCUCAGCUGUUGUACAUUCAUAUGCGCAGCUUGCCUUGUUUUACUCCUGUAGUGUAGUCUACUCCACUGGGUGUUUACUAACGCCGUUCACUUACACAUUUUACUUUUAAAAGUAUCAAAGACUAAACAAUAUAGUUGGACAUCAAAGCAAAGACGUUUUCAAACAUUGGGGUAAUGCAUAUAAUUUAACAGGAAAAACUUUGACGCCAAUGUAAAAGCUUAUAACGAUUUAUCAAAUGGAUGAAUUACACGCUUAUGUAUUUUGUGUAUUUAAAGUGUUAAUUUGUUGCUAUUUGUAUUAUUUUCAGAACUAUGUUUGCAUAAUGACUUUUUCAAGCUACAUCAGUCAUGUGAUAUUGACAUUUUGACUGUUCUACUGAAACUGUACCAUGUGAAGACUGAUGUUUAUCGGUGGGUUUUGUGUGGACAUAACUGGUAUUAAACUGUUCAUAUGAUCAUAUAGCCUACGUGGCAGGAUCUCAACGUUUAUUUUUCAGCUAUUAAAUUAUUUCAUUUAUUGUUAGUCCAAAAUGUUAGCUGUAAAUAUGCCUGUGUUACAAUUUAGUGAACAUUGGAUAGCAGUGAUUAGUGAACAGCGAGGGACUACUUUUUUUUAAAGCGGAACACGAUACAAUUCUCAAACGUCAGAGCUUCGUGUGUACGUUCCAAAGUGGACGAGGAUGUUAAUUUUUAUUGCAGUUUCUACAUGUCCUCGGUUGGAUGUAGUUGCCCAGUAUGACCAAGCCUCGACCCAACGAGUUUAUUCCACCGCCGGAAUGUCCAGUGUUUGAGCCCAGUUGGGAAGAAUUCGACGACCCGUUUGCGUUUAUCAACAAAAUCCGUCCCAUUGCAGAAAAGACUGGUAUUUGUAAGAUCAGACCGCCGCAGGGGUGGCAACCACCAUUUGCCUGUGAUGUGGACCGAUUGCAUUUCACCCCACGCAUGCAGAGGCUCAAUGAAUUGGAGGCUCAAACCAGAGUCAAACUGAACUUUCUGGACCAGAUAGCUAAGUUUUGGGAGCUGCAGGGCUGCACAUUGAAAAUCCCUCAUGUGGAGCGCAAAUCUCUUGACCUGUAUCAACUCUACAAGUUGGUGGUGGAGGAAGGCAGUUUUGACAUGGUCUGCAGGGAACGGAAAUGGACCCAGAUCGCUCUGAAAAUGGGCUUUGCUCCUGGCAAGGCUGUUGGAUCUCACUUACGUGCCCACUAUGAGAGGAUUCUCUACCCUUACUACCUGUUCCAGACAGGGGCCAACCUUCUGAACUCACAGAAACCCACUCUUAAAAAUGAUACCAAAGAUAAGGUAUAUAAAUCUCAUGACUUGCCCCAGCGACAGUCUGUACAGCCUGCAGAAAUCCCCACCAUUGCUCGCAGAGCCAAACGGUCUAAAAUCUCUUUAAAGGGUCGCUGUUUCAAAAGUGUGCAGGAGGAAGAGUGCGAGAACAGACCCAACCUGAGAAGGAGAAUGGGCUCUUAUGUGGCAACACUAGAAGCAGUGAAAAGCUUUCCAGUCCAGGUGAAACAGGAGCCUAUGGAACAAGUUGAAUCAAUACCUCAUGGAGAAAAAUCUAAGGUGGAACAAUACAUGUGUUUGGUGUGUGGGGGAGGCGGUGAUGAGGACAAGCUGUUGCUGUGUGACGGUUGCGAUGACAGCUACCACAUAUUCUGUCUUAUCCCACCACUCCAUGAUGUCCCCAAAGGGGACUGGAGAUGUCCCAAGUGCCUGGCACAGGAGUGUGGCAAGCCUCAGGUUGCAUUCGGCUUUGAACAGGCGCCCAGAGAUUACACACUCCGCUCCUUCGGAGAUAUGGCAGACUCCUUCAAGUCAGACUAUUUCAACAUGCCUGUGCAUAUGGUCCCUACUGAGCUGGUUGAGAAGGAAUUUUGGCGUUUAGUUAGCACCAUUGAAGAAGAUGUCACAGUAGAGUAUGGAGCGGACAUUGCCUCAAAGGACUUUGGUAGUGGCUUCCCUGUCAGGAAUGGUCCUUUUAAAGUCAGGUCCGAUGAAGAGCAUUACCUCAGCUGUGGCUGGAACCUGAACAACAUGCCAGUGCUGGAUGCAUCUGUGCUGACUCACAUCACGGCUGACAUAUGUGGGAUGAAGCUGCCCUGGCUCUACGUGGGCAUGUGCUUCUCCUCUUUCUGUUGGCAUAUUGAGGAUCAUUGGAGCUAUUCUAUAAACUAUUUGCACUGGGGAGAGCCAAAGACAUGGUAUGGUACUCCUGGCUUUGCAGCAGAACAGUUGGAAGCGGUUAUGAAGAAACUUGCCCCUGAGCUCUUUGAGUCCCAGCCAGAUUUGCUCCAUCAGUUGGUCACAAUCAUGAACCCCAAUUUGCUAAUGGAGCAUGGAGUCCCUGUUUACCGCACAAACCAGUGUGCUGGUGAGUUUGUCAUCACCUUCCCCAGAGCUUAUCACAGCGGGUUCAAUCAGGGAUUUAACUUUGCAGAGGCUGUUAACUUCUGCACAGUGGACUGGAUGCCUCUUGGUCGACAGUGUGUAGAGCAUUAUCGCUCAUUAAACAGAUACUGUGUUUUCUCCCAUGAUGAGAUGGUCUGUAAUAUUGCAGCCAAGGCAGACAGCCUGGAGCUGGAGCUGGCCUCUGCCAUACAGAGAGACAUGAGCAUUAUGAUUCAGGAGGAGAAAGAGUUGCGAGAUAAAGCCUACAAGCUGGGUGUGUGGCACUCCCAGCAGGUGGACUAUGAAGAGCAGCCUGAUGAGGAGAGGCAGUGUUCUAAAUGCAGGACCACCUGCUACCUAUCUGCCAUCACCUGUCCCUGCAGCCCUGGACAGCUGGUGUGUCUACACCACCUCCAGGACUUCUGCUCCUGUACCCCUAACCGUUAUACACUGAAUUAUAAGUACACCUUGGGCAUGUUGAACCAAAUGUUCAAGACUUUGGCAGCACAUGCUGAGUCAUACAGUGACUGGGCUUCUAAAGUUAAUAUAAUUUUAAAGGCUGACCAAGACAAUAAAAGUGACUUGGAGGAACUUCGUACGCUGAUUGUGGAGGCAGAAAAGAUGAUGUAUCCUGAGAUGGACUUGCUACUCUAUUUAAGACAGACUGUCCAGGAUGCAGAAAAGAGUACCUUAAUGGCCCAGCAGCUACUCAAUGGAAAGAGACAGACCAGGUAUCGCUCAGGUGGUGGGAAAUCUCAGAAACAUCUUACUGUAGAGGAGUUGAGGUUAUUUGUACAACAGCUAUAUGACCUGCCCUGCACCAUUAGACAGGCUCCUUUUCUCAAGGCUCUGCUCAGCCGGGUCAGGCAGUUCCAGGAACAGAGCUCAGAUCUCCUGGCCAUAGAGAUGCCCAGCUCCUCAGCCCUGCAAGCUAUGCUGGAUGAGGGCUCUGGGCUGGAGGUAGAGUUACCAGAGCUUGAUGUGCUCAGGCAGCGACUGGAGCAGGCACGCUGGGUUGAGGCAGUACAACAGGCUAGCAAGGAGCCUACCAGCCUCAGCCUGGAACGCAUGAGGAAACUGAUUGACCAGGGAGUGGGUCUGGAGCCCCACGCCUGUGUGGAGAGGACCAUGGCCCACCUGCAAGAGCUGCUCACUGUGUGUGAGCACUGCGAGGAGAAGGCACACAGCAUGCUAAUGGCCAGACCUCGCCAAAAUUUAGAGACGCUGGAGGCAGUGCUGCUGGAAGUAAAUAGUAUCCAGGCUUACCUGCCCAACUGUCUCCAACUGCAAGACUCGGUCAUCAGGGCUAGAGAGUGGAUACAGGAGGCAGAAGUCCUACAGCUUGGAGGGCGUAUCCCUGUUCUCUCAUCUUUGAAUGAUCUGGUUUUAAAAGCUAAAGGCAUCCCAGUCCUGCUGGAGCCUCUGGCACGACUGGAAAGCCUGGUGUCAGAGGUGCAGGCAUGGAAGGAGAGCGCAGCAAAAAUGUUUUUGUUGAAGUACUCCUCCCUCUCCCUCCUGGAGGUACUGUGCCCCAGAUGUGAGACAGUGUGUCAGAAAUCAAAGUCAAAAAGAGUGAGAGAUGUUCCUCCAGCCGUUAAAAAAAAUGGCAUAAAACUGAGUUGUCUUGGUGAUGUGGAAAGAGCUCUUUAUGAAAGCAAAGACACAGCUUUAGCAAUGGCUACUCUGUGUGAGGUGCGUUUGAAGGAGCUGGAGAACCUAAAUAUCCUAAGGACCACAAACAAUGCAAAGUUUCUGCCCACAAACAGCUUGGCUCCUACAGUGUGCCUAUGCCAUACAGUGCCAGCAGGCCCCAUGCUCCAGUGCGAACUCUGCCAUGAUGCUUACCACAGUGGUUGUGUGCCAGGGUACCAAGAUACACAGGCAGGGCAGCCUUGGCUGUGCCCACUCUGCAGCCGAUCUGAGAAACCUCCUCUGGACAAGGUGCUGCCCCUGCUUGCCUCUCUCCAGCGUAUUCGGGUACGGCUCCCAGAGGGUGACGCGCUGCGUUUUAUGAUUGAGAGGACAGUGCGCUGGCAGCACAGGGUGCAACAGGUCUCACCUUUUACACAGCAAUUUAAUGGAAAAAUGAGACCUUUCUCUGGAAAACCUUCUUCUGUAUCCCUGGAUGGGAGUAAUGAGUGCUUCUAUAUGCACCAUUCAUGCAUUCCUCUCAGUGUUCUUAGUCCUGAAUUAGAGGAGCUGCUUGUGGAAGGACUCCUUCUACAGGUGGCUUUGCCUGAGCUGCAGCAGCUCUACCAGGGGUUGCUCAACAGGCUCUUUCCCUCUCAGCAUGCCCUACAGAGCAGCGAGCAUGACCACCAGUACCACAUUGCUCAGGACAGCAGCCUGACUUACAAAAGCCCAGCCCAAGGCAAGGUCCAGGAUUUAGUUUUAGAGUUGCAAAAACACACUGAGAAGCUAGAGAAGACUCCCAAAAGGCAGUUGGAGAAGGAGACCUCUGAUGGGCAGGACAGAGACCCUGUUAAGAAGCCUAAGCAAAAGAAGUCUAGGACAAACCAGGAGAGGAUGCAUGAGAAAAGAACACUCUCCUCCUCUGGUUUGAGCUCAGUCCCACCCUUUUCAGAGGACUCUGAGGAGGACUGGUCUGUGUGUUCAGCAAAGCGAUGUCAACAGCCAGAGGGAAAUGAGGUAAACUGGGUUCAGUGUGAUGGCAGCUGUAACCAGUGGUUCCACCAAAUUUGUGUGGGUGUGUCUGCUGAGCAGGCUGAGAAUGAAGACUACAUCUGCAUCAACUGCUUAGUAAAAUGAUUCGACACCAUAAGGACCAAAACUCUUUGAAUAAACGAAAGUUAGAUCAUCAUGUAUGUACAAGAUUUUUCUCCUGGCCCUCAGAAGUCCCAGUCAGUCCCCCUCGUCCUGUUGCCACUAUAGGACUGAAACAGAACCAUUAUCAUGUUUUUCUAGCCUUUUUCAUCUUGUCUAGAGGACAGCACACGAAGAUGUACCUCAGGUGUUUCUAUCCCAUAAAUACAAGGUAGAGGAACAUCAGUUUUCCUAAAUGUUCCCACAAUGUUACCUCCUAACAUGCUAAUUAAUCUGACCACAUGGCUCCAGGGCUGUUUUUCACCAAAUUAUAUUAAUUGCGCUAAACAGAAAGCUAUGAAUUUAUUUUUGAAAAAUGUAUUUGGUACAUGCCUAGUAUGCUUAUUUAUUUAUCCCAGCAAUAACUAAGCUGGUUACCUGAUUUUCUUCAGCUUCAUCUGCUUUGAUCACUUUCUUCCAUUAGCGAUGGUUGUACAGAAUCCUGAUUUAGCUUGUCUAAGUGAUGUAGCAGACGGAAGAAGUGUGAAAUAUUCUUUGUGACCUUUAUGGUUUAUUUUCUUUAUAAAUAAACAAUAUCAGAGGUU